GCCCCCCUUUGUCGUUACUCCGCAACUGUUGAAGCGGUCGCCAACUACGUUGGGGAGGCUUUAGUGCUCUGAUCACUUUGGGGAAAAUCUGAGCAGGCAGGCGGGGUCUGAGCCCGCGACUGCUGGGAAAGAAGUCACUACAAGAAUUUAAAGACUGCCAUUGUAAAUCCAAGAGUCAACUUGGGCCCAAUCCAUUUUCGAGCUUCAAAACUGGAAUUCUGUACUGAGAAAGAUGUAUAAAUUAGACCUUGUACCAGAUCCCAAGGAGAUGGCAGCCAUUGAGGCUAGAAGAAAUCGUGAAAAGGAACGCCAAUGCCGAUUCUUCAAUGUGCGGAACCGAGUCAUGGGGGUAGAUGUGGAAGCCCUCAACUACCAGGUGGAGGAACGAAAGUUUCGAAAGGCAAUAGAGCGAAACAAAGAUAUGGCUUAUGGUACCAAGCAUGCACAGUAUGGUCUAGUAGCACAGAUGCUAGAGAAAGAAGAGGCAGAACGAGCAUACCGGCUGUCCAAGAGAGUACAGGAUUUUCGGGAGCAAAGGCAGCAGCAAUUCAAGAAUGGGCAUGAAUUUGAUUUCUGGGAUCCAGACCAAUUCCGGGAGUAUCAGGUCCCUUAUUAUGAAAAUGAUGCAUACUUUGGCCCAGCCAGCAUGCAGUACUUCCUUGGAGAGGACCCAGAGAGGGCCUCACACCUGAGAAUGCAGCAGGAACAGAUGAGAUACAACCUGGGAAAACAGCUACAGGAGCAACAGGCAGCCAGAGAAGAGGAGGUUCGAGCAGCUUUGCUCAGUGACCAACUGCGCCUAGCCGCGAACACGCGGGCUGCUGAACUGGCUAGGCUGGAGGAAUCCUGUCGAGCAGCUAUGAGGAUUGCUAUGGCCAAUGCCAACAAAGCCCAGGCAGCCAAGCAAGCCCUGCAGCAGCGCCGUGAACAGCGGCAGCAACAGGAGGCCAACCUCACAGAGAUCAAGAAACAAGUCACCAGUGACCUGCUGACUGAGAAUCCUCAAGUUGCCCAAAGAUCCAAUGCUCCUCACCGGGUCCUGCCCUACUGUUGGAAGGGCAUGACUGCAGAGCAGAGAGCUGCCAUCAGAAAAACUCAAGAAACCCAACGACAAGAAAAAAAGGAACAGCGCCAAGCUGAAAAGUUAGUGAAAGCUGAGUGGGGAAGCCAAAACAAACGGUUGGCUGAAGCAGCGCUGGAGCUGGAAGAACAGGAGAGGGAGCUGUGUGCAGAAUUCCGAAGAGGACUGGGCUCCUUCAACAAGGAGCUAGCUAAGGAUCAGCAAGCUCGGCAAAAUUAUCUGAAUUCGGUCAUCUACACCAAUCAACCUACUGCGCAUUAUUACCUGCAGUUCAACACCAGCAGCCGCUGAGCUCAGGAUGGUCACCUUCCUUCUCACAGGUGGCCAGGAGUCAAAAAAAAAUGCUACAUAUCCUCAUUUCUAAUUUCUACCCAGUAGGAGGGAACUAGGGCCAAACCUCCACUGUCUGUCUACUCUAGGUAAUAAAGCUGUUCGCUACACUC